GAGAGAAAACUCUGUUAUUCACUCUGUCUCCAACUUUGAGAGGAAGUUACCACCUCUUCCCCAGACUCUGUACACACAGGCUCAGGCAGACACUCUCUUCAGGACUUGACCACAGCAGGAACAGAGUGAAAGAUUCAGGAUUGCUCGUAAUGCUUUGUUUCUUUCAACAUUUGGAGGGAAAGAAGGCUGAGAUUUGCAUUUUGCCUGAAGCUUUCUGUGUGGACUCAACAGUGUCAGAGGGACCUUGUCAUAACAGACCGGGUGGCCAAAUGAACGGUUUAGCGUGAGGACCAAAGAUCACAACAUCCAACAGCACAGCGAAAGAGAAAGAGAGCCAUUUUGCAGCCAUUCUCCAACUUCCCAUUACACUAUGAGCUGGGAUUGAGGACGUGCUUCAAAGUUUCAUUUUGUGGUGUGAAAAAAUCUACUAAAGAUCACCAUGGAUGUGAAGAAAAAAGAAAUGGACCUCCUGAGCAACAGCAUAGCUGCAUAUGCUCACAUAAAAGCAAACCCAGAGAGCUUCGGCCUUUACUUUGUGCUUGGAGUGUGUUUCGGCCUGGUGCUGACGCUCUGCCUUCUGGUCAUCCGCAUCUCCUGUAAGCCCCGGACCAACAUCGCCAACUCAACACCUGAGAAAAAACCCUUAAAGGACAUCAGCGAGGAGGACGAAGAGAGCGACGACGAUGAAGAUGAAGAUGGGGACGACGUAGAGGCACCCAUCCCUUUGCCAAGCACAGAAAUCCCUGUUGGUAAUCAUAUCGGGCAAUCAAACGGGACACUGAGUGUGAACGUGUUUACUUCGGCUGAGGAGCUGGAGCGGGCACAGCGUCUGGAGGAGAGGGAGCGCAUCAUACGUGAGAUCUGGAGGAACGGCCAGCCUGAUAUCCUGGGGUCAGGAACAGGGACUAUUGGCAGAGUGCAUUACUACUAAGAUACAUGAGGCUUCAAGAGAAACACUGGGAGCUCUGUGAAGGACAGGGAGAGACCUUUGGGUGGGCCCGAUGUCCCUGAAGCCUGUGAGACUUGUGUUAGAUACAAUGCCACGUCAUGGAAACAGGACAACAGUGAUGUGACUUUUUGA